UGUAUAUAGGUGCGAGUGAGAGGCGUAUAUUGCUCAUACAAAAAUUAAACAACAAGAGUAAUAUUUGUUACAAUUACAAUGUUCUCAUUGCUGCACAAGGAAGAAAAUGCACAUGACAAUGCGCUAUGGGCAUGCGCCUGGGGUCGAGACCAAGAGCCGGCAAGUGCCGAUAAAAGUGCCGCGCCAGAAGAAGAGAAUCCUUUUGAUUUCGACAAAAAAGAGCCAAAGCCAAAUGAUUUUAUAGUAACUGGUGGGCUAGAUGACUUGGUUAAGGUGUGGGAUGUGCGCGAAGAUAAUACGUUGAGUUUAAGACAUAAACUGAAAGGACAUGCGCUGGGAGUUGUAUCUGUAGCCGUGAGCUCCGAUGGAAAAACUAUUGCCAGCAGCUCUUUGGACUCGAGCAUGUGUCUCUGGGAUGCCAAGACAGGCGACAAGAAGCACAUGCUUACAUUCGGUCCUGUGGAUCUAUGGACAGUGGGCUUUUCGCCUUGCAAUAAGUAUGUUAUAUCUGGUCUCAAUGACGGUAAAAUCUCCAUGUAUAGCGUAGAAACGGGCAAGGCGGAGCAAGUGCUGGAUGCACAGAAUGGCAAAUAUACGCUUAGCAUAGCAUAUAGCCCUGAUGGCAAGUACAUAGCUAACGGCGCCAUUGACGGCAUCAUUACCAUCUUUGAUGUGGCUGCAGGCAAAGUGGCGCAAACGCUGGAGGGUCAUGCCAUGCCCGUGCGUAGUCUUUGCUUCUCGCCCAACUCUCAAAUGUUACUCACUGGCUCGGAUGAUGGUCACAUGAAACUCUACGAUGUUGCUCACUCCGAUGUGGUGGGCACACUCUCCGGUCAUGCUUCCUGGGUGCUUUGCGUCUCCUUCUCCGAGGAUGGCAAGCACUUUGCCAGCUCUUCCAGCGAUCGUAGCGUCAAAGUCUGGGAUACAGCGGAACGCAAGUGUCUGCAUACUUUCAAUGAACAUACGGAUCAGGUCUGGGGUGUGCGCUACAGUCCAGGCAAUGAUAAAGUUAUUUCCGCCUCUGAAGACAAAUCCUUAAACAUUUACUACUGUCCACCCAACGCCAUUGUGUGAUACAACAAUUGCCUGCCCGCAGUUUUGUACAAUAAAAUAUAUAGUUUUAUAAU